AUGGGCCGAGGGAAGGCCAAGAUUCAGGUCCCCGACUGCCGCUACGGCGCCGCUUGCACCAGGAGGGACUGUGUCUUCAAGCACCCUCCGAAGCCUGCCAAGUCUGCACGCCCUGUUGAGAAGUCCGACAAGGUUUGCUUCGCCUUUGUGGCCGGCAAGUGUGCCUUUGGCCGGCAGUGCCAUGACAAGCAUCCCGAUGAGGCAUCGUGCCAGAGCAUCAAAGAGCGCUAUGGUAAGAUCGAUUGCCAGUGGGGCCGUGGCUGCCGCACCGAUGGGUGUCUGUACCGGCAUCCCAGUGACGAAAAAGUGGGCCCCGCCCUCACCCUGGAGGCGAAGCCGCAGCCUGCAGUCUAUGCGCAGGGCUACAAGACCGACGACAAGACCGAUGCUGUUAAGGGAGCCGGGGGGCCCGCUCCAGCACCAAAGUUCUCAAGCUCAAGUUCGCCCGCCCGAGACCCGCUAGACGGCCUAGAUUCAGGAGAUCUCCCACGCGACCUGCGCCGAGAGGAGUGA